CACACACACACACACACACACACACUGUUUUGAAGACCACACACACACACACACACACACACACACACACACACACACACACACUGUUUUGAAGACCACACACACACACACACACACACACACACACACACACACACACACACACACACACACACACACACACACACACACACUGUUUUGAAGACCACACACACACACACACACACACACACACACACACACACACACACACACACACACACACACACACUGUUUUGAAGACCACACACACACACACACACACACUGUCACGAACCGGCUCGAAGCCCGUAAACAAAAAAAGUGAGACAACGAGGAGAUAUAAGGACUAACAAAAAUAUAUUUAUUAACUGAGGUAACCUAUGUACAAUUAACUAUGGUGUGUGUGUGUGUAGUCACUAAUCAGUAGUGUAAGUGUGUGGUUGCAUGUAUAGACGUGAUAGUGAGGAAUGUUAAAAGAUGCCAAAGCAAAAGAUGCCAAAUACACCUCUGGGGGAAGAGGUGUAUUUAUCCUGGGACACACCCAGGCCCAGGUGUGUCUGCAUGGAGAGAGUCUCCUCCAUGACUGGGGAAAGUGGUGUAUUUAUCCUGGGACACACCCAGGCCCAGUUGUGUCUGCAUGGAGAGAGUCUCCUCCAUGACUGGGGAAAGUGGUGUAUUUAUCCUGGGACACACCCAGGCCCAGUUGUGUCUGCAUGGAGAGAGUCUCCUCAGUGGCUGGGGGAAGAGGUGUAUUUAUCCUGGGACACACCCAGGCCCAGGUGUGUCUGCAUGGAGAGAGUCUCCUCAGUGACUGGGGGAAGAGGUGUAUUUAUCCUGGGACACACCCAGGCCCAGGUGUGUCUGCAUGGAGAGAGUCUCCUCAGUGGCUGGGGGAAGAGGUGUAUUUAUCCUGGGACACACCCAGGCCCAGGUGUGUCUGCAUGGAGAGAGUCUCCUCAGUGGCUGGGGGAAGAGGUGUAUUUAUCCUGGGACACACCCAGGCCCAGGUGUGUCUGCAUGGAGAGAGUCUCCUCAGUGGCUGGGGGAAGAGGUGUAUUUAUCCUGGGACACACCCAGGCCCAGGUGUGUCUGCAUGGAGAGAGUCUCCUCAGUGGCUGGGGGAAGAGGUGUAUUUAUCCUGGGACACACCCAGGCCCAGGUGUGUCUGCAUGGAGAGAGUCUCCUCAGUGGCUGGGGGAAGAGGUGUAUUUAUCCUGGGACACACCCAGGCCCAGGUGUGUCUGCAUGGAGAGAGUCUCCUCAGUGACUGGGGGAAGAGGUGUAUUUAUCCUGGGACACACCCAGGCCCAGGUGUGUCUGCAUGGAGAGAGUCUCCUCAGUGGCUGGGGGAAGAGGUGUAUUUAUCCUGGGACACACCCAGGCCCAGGUGUGUCUGCAUGGAGAGAGUCUCCUCAGUGACUGGGGGAAGAGGUGUAUUUAUCCUGGGACACACCCAGGCCCAGGUGUGUCUGCAUGGAGAGAGUCUCCUCAGUGGCUGGGGGAAGAGGUGUAUUUAUCCUGGGACACACCCAGGCCCAGCUGUGUCUGCUCGUUCAUCACAACAUCCUCCCCACCCACCCCCCACCCCCCCGGCAGGGUAACACUCAAAGCGUUGUCUCACUAUGUUGUUAUGGCAACUGGUUAGAAAUGGUCAAACAUGAUUAUUAAGGAUCCCAUUGUUUUAAUGGUGUGCUGCUUUAAAAGCAGUGUGUGUUUAGGCUUUACCCUGUGGAACAACCCCUCCCACUUGGGUUCUAGAGUUGUCCCUGUAUGGGUUCUUAGCAGAGUUCUAGAGUUGUCCCUGUAUGUGUUCUUAGCAGAGUUCUAAAGUUGUCCCUGUAUGGGUUCUUAGCAGAGUUCUAGAGUUGUCCCUGUAUGUGUUCUUAGCAGAGUUCUAGAGUUGUCCCUGUAUGUGUUCUUAGCAGAGUUCUAGAGUUGUCCCUGUAUGUGUUCUUAGCAGAGUUCUAAAGUUGUCCCUGUAUGGGUUCUUAGCAUAGUUCUAGAGUUGUCCCUGUAUGGGUUCUUAGCAGAGUUCUAGAGUUGUCCCUGUAUGUGUUCUUAGCAGAGUUCUAAAGUUGUCCCUGUAUGUGUUCUUAGCAGAGUUAUAAAGUUGUCCCUGUAUGGGUUCUUAGCAGAGUUCUAGAGUUGUCCCUGUAUGUGUUCUUAGCAGAGUUCUAGAGUUGUCCCUGUAUGUGUUCUUAGCAGAGUUCUAGAGUUGUCCCUGAAUGUGUUCUUGGCAGAGUUCUAGAGUUGUCCCUGUAUGUGUUCUUAGCAGAGUUCUAAAGUUGUCCCUGUAUGUGUUCUUAGCAGAGUUCUAGAGUUGUCCCUGUAUGUGUUCUUAGCAGAGUUCUAGAGUUGUCCCUGUAUGUGUUCUUAGCAGAGUUCUAGAGUUGUCUUUGCGUGUUCUUAGCAGAGUUCUAAAGUUGUCCCUGAAUGUGUUCUUGGCAGAGUUCUAGAGUUGUCCCUGUAUGUGUUCUUAGCAGAGUUCUAGAGUUGUCCCUGUAUGUGUUCUUAGCAGAGUUCUAGAGUUGUCCCUGUAUUUGUUCUUAGCAGAGUUGUAGAGUUGUCUUUGUGUGUUCUUAGCAGAGUUCUAGAGUUGUCCCUGUAUGUGUUCUUAGCAGAGUUCUAGAGUUGUCUUUGUGUGUUCUUAGCAGAGUUCUAAAGUUGUCCCUGAAUGUGUUCUUGGCAGAGUUCUGGAGUUGUCCCUGAAUUCUGAGCAGGCCACACACAUACCUACCUAGCUACCGACACCUCCAACCACUUCACUCCAGAGCAACAUGCCACUCAGUCAAUUGAUUUUCAUAUCUUCUGAAGUCCCGGUCUGACUGAUUGUGUGACUGUGACACAUUUCUCAGUGUGUUCCUCAGUUGACUGAAUGGUUGUUAUGAUUCUGUAGUGUGACGUAUCCUGCAGUUGAAGUCGUAGGUUUACAUACACUUAGGUCGGAGUCAUUAAAACUCGUUUUUCAACCACUCCACAAAUGUCUUGUUAACUAACUAUAGUAUUGGCAAGUCGGUUAGGACAUCUACUUUGUGCAGGACACAAGUAAUUUUCCCAACAAUUGUUUAGACAGUUUAUUUCACUUAUAAUCCACUGUAUCACAAUUCCAGGGGGUCAGAAGUUUACAUACACUAAGUUGAAUGUGCCUUUAAACAGCUUGGAAAAUUCCAGAAAAUGAUGUCAUGGCUUUAGAAGCUUCUGAUAGGCAGAUUGACAUCAUUUGAGUCAAUUGGAGGUGUACCUGUGGAUGUAUUUCAAGGCCUACCUUCAAACUCAGUGCCUCUUUGCUUGACAUCAUGGGGAAAUCAAAAGAAAUCAGCCAAGACCUCAGAAACAAAAUUGUAGACCUCCACAAGUCUGGUUCAUCCUUGGGAACAAUUUCCAAAAGCCUGAAGGUACCACAUUCAUCUGUACAAACAACAGUACGCAAGUAUAAACACCAUGGGACCACGCAGCCGUCAUACCGCUCAGGAAGGAGACGUGUUCUGUCUCCUAGAGAUGAACGUACUUUGGGGCGAAAAGUGCAAAUCAAUCCCAGAACAACAGUCAUUGUGUCUGCCAUAUUCUGUGUUGUGACGACCCUCCCACUCUGUCUGCCGUAUUCUGUGUUGUGACGACCCUCCCACUCUGUCUGCCGUAUUCUGUGUUGUGACGACCCUCCCACUCUGUCUGCCGUAUUCUGUGUUGUGACGACCCUCCCACUCUGUCUGCCGUAUUCUGUGUUGUGACGACCCUCCCACUCUGUCUGCCAUAUUCUUUCUCUUUGCUCUUGUUUUCCUUAUUAGGAUGUCGCUGGGCGGAACCGGUGGGCGGAACCGGUGGGCGGAACCGGGGGUACCGGUACAGAGUCAAUGUGGAGGCUAUAUACAGGGGGUAAUGGUACAGAGUCAAUGUGGAGGCUAUAUACAGGGGGUACCGGUACAGAGUCAAUGUGGAGACUAUAUACAGGGGUACCGGUACAGAGUCAAUGUGGAGGCUAUAUACAGGUGGUACCGGUACAGAGUCAAUGUGGAGACUAUAUACAGGGGGUACCGGUACAGAGUCAAUGUAGAGACUAUAUACAGGGGGUAGUGGUACAGAUUCAAUGUGGAGGCUAUAUACAGGGGGUACCGGUACAGAGUUAAUGUGGAUUGGUGAUUAGACCUACCACUGUUGUCAUCUGCGAACUGAGUGAUGGUGUUGGCGUCGUGCCUGGCCGUGCAGUCAUGAGUGAACAGGGAGUAUAGGAGGGGACUGAGCACGCACCCCUGAGGGGCCCCCGUGUUGAGGAUCCGUGUGGCAGAUGUGUUGUUACCUACCCUUACCACCUGGGGAGGCCCGUCAGGAAGUCCAGGGUCCAGUUGCAGAGGGAGGUGUUUAGUCCCAGGACCCCUAGCUUAGUGAUGAGCUUAAUGGGCACUAUGGUGUUGAACGCUGAGCUGUUGUCAAUGAACAGCAUUCUCACAUAGGUGUUCCUUUUGUCCAGGUGUGAAAGGGCAGUGUGGAGUGCAAUAGAGAUUGCAUCAUCUAUGUAUCUGUUGGUGCGGUAUGCAAAUUGGAGUGGGUGUAAGGUUUCUGGGAUAAUGGUGUUGAUGUGAGCCAUGACCAGCCUUUCAAAGCACUUCAUGGCUACAUACGUGAGUGCUUAGGUUCGGUCGUCAUUUAGGCAGGUUCUUGUUCUUUGGCACAGGGACCGUGGUGGUCUGCUUGAAACAUGUUGGUAUUACAGACUGAGUCAGGGAGAGGUUGAAAAUGUCAGUGAAGACAGUUGCCAGUUGGUCAGCGCAUGCUCGGAGCUGGUGUAGUACGACUCGAUCUUGGUUCUGUAUUGACGCUUUGCUUGUUUGAUGGUUCGUUGGAGGGCAUUGCGGGAUUUCUUAUAAGCUUCCGGGUUAGAGUCCUGCUUCUUGAAGGCUCAGUGCGAAUGUUGCCUGUAAUCCAUGGCUUCUGGUUGGGGUAUGUACGUACAGUCACUGUGGGGACGACGUCCUCUGCACUUAUUGAUAAAGCCAGUGACUGAUGUGGUGUACUCCAUCGGAAAUAUCCCGGAGACAUAUUCCGGUCUGAGCUAGCAAAACAGUCCUGUAGCUUAGCAUCUGCUUCAUCUGACCACUUUUUUAUAGACCGAGUCACUGGUGCUUCCUGCUUUAAUUUCUGCUUGUAAGCAGGAAUCGGGAGGAUAGAAUUAUGGUCAGAUUUGCCAAACGGAGGGCGAGGGAGAGCUUUGUACGCGUCUCUGUGUGUGGAGUAAAGGUGGUCUAGAUUUGUUUUUUUCCCCACUGGUUGCACAUUUGUAUGCUGAUAGAAAUUUGGUAAAACAAAUUUAAGUUUCCCUGCAUUAAAGUCCCCCGGCUACUGAGAGCUCCGCCUCUGGGUGAGCGUUUUCUGACUGUGGUGGUAUGUAAACAGCUACAAAGAAUACAGACGACAAACUCUCUCGGUAGGUAGUGUGGUCUACAAGCUUAUCAUGAGAUACUCAACCUCGGGCAAGCAAAACCUUGAGACUUCCUUAGAUAUCGUGCACCAGCUGUUGUUUACAUAAAUGCAUAGGCCCCCGCCCAGUGUCUUACCGGAGGCUGCUGUUCUGUCCUGGCGAUAUAACCUGCCAGUUGUAUGUUCUUAAUGUCGUCUUUCAGCCACGACUUGGUAGGAUGAACAGUUCAUCCCUUUUUAUUUUCCAGCGAUUGAACUUUAGCUAGCAUGACGGAAGGUAAGGGCAGAUUAGCCACUCGUUGCCUGAUCUUCACAAGGCACCCUGAUCUCUUUCCGCGAAAUCUCAGUUUCCUUCUCCAGCGAACGACGGGGAUUUGGGCCUGGUCGGGUGUCUGUAGUAUCUCCCUCCCGUCCGGCUCAUUGAAGGGAAACUCUUUGUCUAGUUUGAGGUGAGUAACCGCUGUUCUGAUGUCCAGAAGCUCUUUUUCGGUCACAAGAGACGGUAGCAGCAACAUUAUGUACAAAACAAGUUACGAACAACGAGAAAAAACAAACAGAAUAGCAUGGUUGGUUAAGAGCCGAUAAGACGGCAGACUCCAGCGCCAUCAUUCUGCCAUCCACAAUGCAUCACUGUAUCAGAUUGAGUCAAUGACAUACGUCGAUGACAUAACUGAAUCGAUGACACACGUCCUGCUGUUAAUAGAAGCCCUCUGACAGAGCAGA